ACCAGCCACAGCAACAACACAAACAAACACAAACACAGCCACGAUGAGUGAGAGAUGAGAUGAGACAAUGCUCGCUCGCCCCCAUGCGACAUUUUCAUUUUCAUUGGACACUCAGAGGCCUUGCGACGUGUAAGCCAAAUCCGCACCACCACCACCACCACUAACAACAACAACAACAACGCAAAGCAAAGCUAGCCUUCACAAAGCGCAUCUCCACAGCUCGCCAUGUCUCCUUCUCCGAUCCCUGGCCCACGCGUGUCAGCGUCACAGCAAGCGCAGCAGCAUCGCCAACGCAACGGGAGCACCAGCGCCUCCAAUGUGCGAUGCAAUGCACUGCGCACGUCCUCGCGUUGCAACAGUCUGUCCAACAGCUUGUCCAGCAGCCUGUCCAGCAGUUUGGCCAGCCUGACCUGGCUCACCAACCCGCUCACCUGUCGCCAGAGCCCAUCCGGCACGAAAUACCAGGCACCCCAGAUCACCUAUGCCUCACACGACGCCCAAGCAAACUACUACAACAGCAGCGACUACUAUUGCAGGAGCAGCCGAAAGCAGCGCACCGGAUGCGCCAAAACAAAGGCGACGAGUGCCCGUGGCGGUCAUGGCCAUGGUCGUGACGACGAAGACGACGACGAUGACGAUGACUAUGACGACGUGUUUGGCCCAGAGUUCAAGCAGGAGAAGGAAAACUCGCGCUCUGGCACACCAGAGGACAUUCUUUCCUUUGACUGGGCCAGCAACCCACACAAGAAGCCGCCAUUCGCCUAUGCCACGCUCAUCUUCAUGGCACUGCGUGAGAGCGACAAGGACAAGCUCUCGCUAGCCGAGAUUUACGACUACAUCCUCGACAACUUUGCCUACUACCGCCACGCUCGUUGCGGCUGGAAGAACUCCAUCCGCCACAACCUGAGCCAGGAGAAGUGCUUCCUCAAGGUUGACCGCGAUGGCACGGAGCGCGGCAAGGGCGGAUACUGGAUGCUGCGCCCAGACUUUGUUGACUUUGAGCAGAUGAAGACGCGGCGCCGCCGUAAGUUCAAGCGGCGGCGGUCGGUGCCGGAGCCGACGACAGACGCAGAGUCUGCAGCACAUGCGAGCGACAGCGAUGGCGGGCACAGCACCGCCAGCAGCAACAGCCCAUAUGCGAGGGAGAAGAGCACGCCCUCGCACUCGCGGCGCAGCAGCAAGGCGAAAGGCAGAGGAAAGGGAAAGGGGGCAAAAGGAAAGAAGGCACAAGCUGCUGCUGCCACUGCUGUUGCAGCAUCCCGAAGAAAGAGUGGAAGCAGGAGCAGCAAACACCAGCAGCAUCAACAGCAGCAGCAGCUGGAGCACAGGACGGUGUCUGCAACGCUUUCGUCGCCCUCCUCAUCGUUCACAUCAGCGGGGUCGCCACAUCACGUGACCUCGGCUGCACCGCCGCACCCGCCACGCCGCAACGCUCCAUACCCCAUGAAGCCAGCUGCGCAAAAGCUGCGCCGCCUGACGCCAUCUGCCCUGGCAGCACUCCGCGACACCACCUCUGAUGCCACCACCUCGCUUGAUGCCCUGACAGCCGCAGCGCCGCACAUGUGUGCGCCCGGCGGCCACGACAGCGCAGUCACGCACGGGUCUCCGAGCAUCAACGAAGCGGACCUGAGCCAUUCCAUGUCGCACCUGGGGCUGACGAUGGCGCUUGGUGAAGAUGCAGGCAAGCUGGCGCCACUGCCGCAGCAGCAGGACCUGGAUAUGAUGAUGGAUCUCGGCACCAGCUUUGCCGCGCCAAUGGCGACGACGACAGACGACGCCAUGGCCCACCGGCCCUCGUUCCAGGCCAUCUUGUCGCAGCUCCACACGCCAGGCACCUCUUUUGCACAGAACGCGUUUCCACAAGCACCACCCGUGCAGGCAGGCCCGCGCACUCGCAACAGUGGCGAUGGUGCUGAUGAUGAGAUUGACGACUCCGACAAGCCCAUCCCAAGCGACUGGCUGCUCUGACUUGCUUGUGGCCCAGCGCGUGUGCGUAUGUAUGCCUUGACUUGACUUGACUUGACUUGAGUGACCUUUGCUGACGCUGUAUCAUAAUGAAUGCGUUUGAUUGAUGAGUCAACGAAUGACACGAAGAAGAAGG